AUGCGUGCGAGCACGUGCGGACCCUGUCUAACUGCAAUACAGGAGUAUCAUCACCAGAACCCUGGGCCCGCCUUGCCAGUUGCCAUGCCCAAAUCACCGGAUAAUAUCUCCCGCAACUUCCCCCCAACACGACGACCAUUUCUUUUCCAUACUUCCACACCUCACCAGACCAAUCCCCUGACCCGUCUCUCUCGUCUCCCGCGGCGGCGGGGGCGGUGGCGCGCGGCCGUUGACCCGAUGACCGGCGGAGGCGGAGAGGACGUCCCCGCGGCGAGGCGGCGCCCCCUGACGGUUCUCCCCCUCGUCGCGCUCAUCUUCUACGACGUCUCGGGCGGGCCGUUCGGCAUCGAGGACUCUGUCCGCGCCGGCGGCGGCGCCCUGCUCCCGCUCCUCGGCUUCCUCAUCCUCCCGGUCCUCUGGUCGCUCCCUGAAGCCCUCAUCACCGCCGAGCUCGCCUCCGCGUUCCCCACCAACGCCGGCUACGUCGCCUGGGUCUCCGCCGCGUUCGGCCCCGCCGUCGCCUUCCUCGUCGGCUUCUCCAAGUGGGCCUCCGGCACCCUCGACAACGCGCUCUACCCGGUGCUCUUCCUCGACUACCUCCGCUCCAGCGGGCUCGCCCUCGCGCCGCCGCUCCGCUCGCUCGCCGUGCUCGGCCUCACCGCCGCGCUCACCUACCUCAAUUUCCGCGGCCUCCACCUCGUCGGCCUCUCGGCGCUUUUCCUCACCGCCUUCUCCCUGUCCCCGUUCGUCGCGCUCACCGCGCUCGCCAUCCCCAAGAUCCGCCCUUCCCGCUGGCUCGCCGUCAACCCCAAGGCCAUCGACCCGCGCGGCUACUUCAACUCCAUGUUCUGGAACCUCAAUUACUGGGACAAGGCGAGCACGCUCGCCGGCGAGGUUGACGAGCCGAGGAAGACGUUCCCCAAGGCGGUGUUCGGCGCCGUGGCGCUCGUCGUCGGCGCGUACCUCAUCCCGCUCCUGGCAGGCACCGGCGCGCUGCCAUCGGAGACAGCGGCCGAGUGGACGGACGGGUUCUUCUCCGAGGUCGGGCAGAGGAUCGGCGGGCCCUGGCUGCGCGUGUGGAUCCAGGCCGCGGCGGCCAUGUCCAACAUGGGGCUCUUCGAGGCCGAGAUGAGCAGCGACUCCUUCCAGCUCCUCGGCAUGGCCGAGAUGGGCAUGAUCCCCGCCGUCUUCGCCCGCAGAUCGCGACACGGGACGCCGACGUACAGCAUCCUCUGCUCGGCGACGGGGGUGGUGGUCCUCUCCUUCAUGAGCUUCCAGGAGAUCAUCGAGCUCCUCAACUUCCUCUACGGGCUCGGCAUGCUCGCCGUGUUCGCGGCGUUCGUCAAGCUGCGUUUCAAGAACCCGGACCUGCCCCGGCCGUACCGGAUCCCGCUCGGCUCCGUGGGGGCAGCCGUCAUGUGCGUCCCGCCCGUCUUGCUCAUCGGCACCGUCAUGUGCCUCGCGUCGGCCACGACCAUCGUCGUCAACAUCAUCGUGCUCGCUGUCGGGGUCGCCAUGUACUUCGGCGUCGAACGCCUCAAGGGCAGCGGCUGGGUCGAGUUCCUGACGCCCGUGCCGUCCGACAGCUUCCACGGAUCGUCGUCCGACGACGACGUCGAGGAUGUCCGCGCCGUCCUCCUCCCCGCCGGCGUGCCCCACGCCCAGGAGGAGGAAGUGGCAAGCAAGGCCGAGUAG